AUGCUGCGUGUUGGAGUGGACGUGGGCGGCACCCAUACCGAUGCAGCAGUGCUGCACGGCACGCGUGUGCUGGGGACUGGCAAGGCACGCACCACGCCCGACGUCGUCGGCGGCAUCGUCGGCGCUUGCGCGAUUGCCCUCAAAGCCGCUAGCACAGACCCCGCCGACGUGCAGGCGCUGAUGCUGGGCACCACCCAGCUGGUCAACGCCCUGGUGCAGCGCCGCGGCCUCGCGCGCGUGCUGGCAGAUUCCCCCCGCCGCUGCGGCGCGCGGUCGAAGGCGGCCACCUCUUCGCCCAAGGCGCGCGGGCGCGCGCCGCCGCUCACAAACCGGCACCCCCGCGGUCAGCGGCUGGGCGGAUUCGAGUACGAUGGCGCGACGCCCAUCAGUGAGCCGCAAGGGGGCGAGGACGACGCAGCAGCCGCGGCGCGGCUGCUGCUGGACCGCGGGCUCGAUGCAGUGGCGGUCUGCGGCGUCUUCUCGCCGCUCAACGGGGCCCAGGAGGAGGCGUUCGCGGCGCGGCUGCGGGCCGCGGUGGACAGGCUCGCGCCGGGGAGGCGCGUCCACUUGACCCUCUCUCACGCCCUGGGUGACCUGGGCCUGCUUGAGCGCGAGGGCGCGGCGAUCCUCAAUGCGGCCCUGCAGCCGCUGGCGGCGCGACUUGUGCCGCAGUAUGCGGCCGCGCUCGCGCCGCUGGGGCUGGCGGGGGCGCGGCUGUUCCUGACGGGCAGCGACGGCGCGCUGCUGCGGGCGGAGGUCGCCGCAGAGGUGGUUGGGUGGUUGGGCGUCGUCUCGAACGGCCUGCCGCGCGCAGCCGGCGGCGCGACCAGCAUCUGCGGCGUGGUCACAAACUUUGCGCUGCCUGCCGUCGCGUCCCUCGGCCUUGGCGGCGGCUCCCUCGUCAGAUUGUCAUCUCGCCGCGACCAGCCCGGGGGCGCCGCCGCUGCCGACGACGACAGCGGCAGCGGCGGCGGUGGUGGGUGCCACGUUGGGCCGGAGAGCGUGGGCAAUGACCUGUACACGGAGGCGCUGUCCUUUGGGGGCGCCACCCUGACUGCAACCGACGUGGCGGUCUCUUUGGGCCGCAUGCGGCUGGAAGGCGGCCCCGCGGCUGCAGCAGCAGCAACGGCGGCGCCCGCGGAGGAGGAGGCGACGGGGGCAUCAGAUGGGGUGUGGCCGCCGGCGCAGCAGCUCGAGGAGGCGUGGGAGGCCAUCCAAUCCGUGCUGGCAGCAGGCGUCGAGUCAGUCAUCCCGAGCGCGAAAGACCGCGCCCUGCCGGUAUUGCUGGUGGGGGGCGGCGAGUCGCUCUGCGGCGCCGGGCUCGCCGGCGCGGGGGGAAUUGUGCGGCCGCCGCAUGCGAAGGUGGCGAACGCGGUGGGGGCGGCGAUUCCGCAGGUCAGCGGCAGUGUUGAUGCGCUGUACAACCUCGGAGACGACGACGCGGAGGAACCACCGCCGCUGCCUGCGCCCCAGCAGCAGCAGGCGCCGGGCCAGCAACCCUCCCCUCCGGAAGCCCAAUCAGGCGGCGCCCGGCGGCGGCGCGCCCUGGCUGACGCCGUGCGACGCGCCACCGCCGCCGCGGAGGCCGCCGGCGCGGCGCCGGGCAGCUGCCGGGUAGCUUCCCAGGACGUGGUGCCCCUGGCGUACCUGCCAGGCGGCGCAGCGAGGGUGAAGGGCGAGUGGGAGCUGGGUGAUCUUGAUCUGGACGCACUGGCCCUGGGGGCGCAGGUCCUGGGGGCCGGAGGGGGCGGCUCCGCACGGCAUGCGCGCCUGCGCCUUGCCAGCGCUAUGGCACUGGGGGCUGCGCCCGCAGUGAUGGCGCCGGGUGCUGCACCUGCGGCGGCAGGUAAAGGGCCGCCGCGGCCGCGGGUGCUGCCGCUGCAUCUGCUGCCGGACGAUGCCUUGGUGUGCGACGCGGGCGGCAUGGGGGCGCCGACGGUAUCUGCUGAGAAGCUGCCGGGCGGGGAGGCGGAGGCGGCGGUGAGGGGCCUGGCGGAGUACUUGGAAGGCGUCGCGGCGUGCAGGGCCGUCGGCGCCACGUCGGCGGCAUCCGCCCUGGAAGCUGCAGGCGCCGCUGGCGGCGGCGUCGGAGGCCAGGGAGGCGGCGCCGCCGGCGACGUCGGCGGGCGGCUGGGGGCGGUGAUGGUGGCGGAGGUCGGGGGCGGCAACUGCCUGGAGCCGCUGGCGGUGGCGAUGGCGCUGGGGCUGCCGGCGCUGGACGCUGACCUGAUGGGUCGCGCCUUCCCGGAGUUGCAGGUGUCGCAGGGGCUGCACCAGCCUGGCAUCGACUGA